CGUCCUUACACUUUGGAAAUUGGUCUAAAGGAAAAAAAGUGUCUUACUUUUCCAUAAAUAUGCCUUUAGCUCGAAGACGAAGAAAUUUUCAAAAACAUGAAGUUGUUAUUCUUGCAGUUGUCAAUUCAAAUAAAAGCUUUUUAAUAAAUUUUGACGAUCCUCCACCAUCUUCAUUGGAUGAACCAUUCUUUUUGGAAAAUGCUCCAAAUAUUAUGAAUAUGAUUUAUUAUUUGAAUGCUUCACACAUCUUCCGUCCUUACAAAGUUUAUGGUCAUUUUAAUCAGACUACUGGAAAAUUUUACGGUAUGGUCAAUGAUUUAGCACAGGGUUUGGGUGAUAUCACAGGAUCAGCUCUCUUUGUGUCUGAAGAAAGACAAAGAAUUCUUGAUUAUAUAGCGAUAGCUACCACAUGGGGAGGCAAGAUUAUUUUAAAAAAACCUUCGAUGUCCUAUAUAGAAAAUAUUUAUUUAAUGACAUUUACUGGACAAGUAUGGAUUGCUUCAUUGCUUGUUUUAAUUACCUUUGGCAUAACUUUGUAUAUUUUGCUAAAUUGGGAAAAACAUAAUUUGGUGAAUACUGGGAAAAAUAUAAAAAUCAAAUAUAGUGUCAGUGAUGCCACACUUUUAUCUUUUGAAGCUUUAUGUCAACAAGGUACAACUAUAGAAUCAGCAACAAUUUCUGGAAGGAUCUUAUUAGUUUUCUUGUUUACUGCAUUCAUGUUCCUUUACGCAGCAUAUUCAGGAUACAUACUUGUGUUACUUCAAUCGACUAAGCCUAUUGAAUCAAUCAAACAUUUAUUGGAUAGCAGGCUUGAAUGUGGAGGAAUCAAUAUAAGUUUUAUUAUGGAUUGGUAUAAUGUAAAUAAAGAUCCAGCAUUAAGAGCUCUAUAUCAUAAAAAACUUCAUAAAAAUCGUUUUUUGACUUUAGAAAAUGGGUUAGCAAGAGUUCAAGAAGGAAAUUUUGCAUUCCAUACUGCUCUCAGUGUUAGUUACAUCCACAUUCUCAAAACUUUUACUAAUUACGACAUUUGUAAACUGCAGGAAUUGCCUGGAUAUCUUAGUAUUAAUAAUGGCAUGUAUUUUGGGGCCCCAAAAACUUCACAAUAUAAGGAAUUUUUAAAAAUUGGAAUUAUGCGAACAUAUGAAGUGGGACUAGCAAUAAGAAAUAAGUACAAGCAGUCUAGAAAACCAAAAUGUUAUAAUGAAGCAGGAAAUUUUCAGUCUGUGGGAAUUUAUGAUUGUUACACAAUUUUUAAAUUAUUUUGUAUAGGAAGUUUCUUAUCUUUUUUUGUUCUAGCUAUAGAGGUUGUCACGCACAAAUAUUUACAGAAAUUGAAGAAAAAAUAUGCCAUUUUGACAACCCGGCAUGGCUAAAUGUUUAGCUAUAGUUAUAGGAAUUUUUAACUGUCAGUUAUUUAUAGGUACACUGAAUAGUUAUAAAAAAUAAAACAC